AUGGGGAUCUCAAAGGAAAGUUGUGAUCACAGCUCAAGUUCGCAGUGCAGAGAAUGCUCGAAUGAUAAGUCUUAUGAGCGUAAAGGUUCCGAGAUGAAAGACAAGACAAAGAAUACAACUAGCAAUGCUAUGGGAAAGACAAAAGAAAAAACCAAUGAGACUAUGGGGAGAACCGGAGAUGCGGCCAACGAGACCAAGGAACAGACAAAGAACAAGGCAUCAGAGCUAGGAGACAAGACCAAGGAUACAGCCAAUGACACCAUGGGAAAAACAAAAGAAAAGACCAACGAAACUAAGGAACAGGCAAAGAACAAGGCAUCAUCUAUGGGAGAUAAAACAAAGGAAAAAGCAAAUAACGUCAAGAGCAGCAUAGACAACAAGGACAAGAAUGAGGUAUAUGAAAAUAUCAAGGAAGGAGGAAAUAAAGCAUGGAAUAAAACAAAAGAGGUCGCUAGUAGUAUGAAGGAUGGACUCAAGGACCUCACCAAUAACAAUGAGCAAAAGAAGUGA